GCCUCAAGCCUCCCAUCCGCCUAUAUAAGGGUGCAAGUCUUUCCUAAUUAGUCCCAAGUAUAUCAGAUACCCAAAUGCCAUAGUAAUUGUGAGCAAAGAAGUAUCCAAGAAAAGCCCAAAAUGAAGACAGCCUUUGUUCUCAUUCUGCUCCUCUCUGUUGCAACAUUUCUCACUCAUUCAUCAUGGCUUCUUCUUCCUCCUCUUCUUCUCUUCAUGGGGCUUGCUUUCUAUUGGUUCAAUACCAUGUGGAUUCAGCCACAGAGGCUGAGAUGGAAGAUUCAGCGGCAAGGAGUCAAAGGGCCUAAGCCUUCUCUUCUGUAUGGGAAUAUCCCGGAAAUGCAGAGGAUUCAAGCUGCUGCUGCUGCAACUUCCAUGAAAGCUUCAAGCUAUGGUGAAUUUGUGGCGCACGAUUACACUGCCAAGCUCUUCCCCUACUUUGAACAAUGGCGAAAAGAAUAUGGUUGCAUAUAUACAUAUUCCACGGGAAGCAAACAACAUUUGUACGUGAACAAUGCAGACAUGGUGAAAGAGAUGAACCAAGUCAAUAGCUCGGCAUUAGGGAAGCCUUCUUAUGUCACCAAGAGACUCUCUCCUCUGCUUGGGAAUGGCUUGCUGAGGUCAAAUGGCCAUUUAUGGUCACUUCAGAGAAAAAUUAUUGCACCAGAAUUCUUCAUGGACAAAGUCAAGCAUCGAGCGGACUUGAUGUUGGAAUCGACAGAAGAGAUGGUUAGGAAAUGGGAUAACAGUGUUGAUGCUCAAGGAGGAGUCAUUGCAGAGAUUGUAGUGGACGAGGAUAUGAGGAACCUUUCAGGAGAUGUAAUUUCCAAGGCUUGCUUUGGAAGAUCUUAUCACCAAGGCAAACAAAUUUUUUCAAAGCUUAGAACAUUGAAAAAUAUCAUUUCAUCACACAGUUACCUCUUUGGUUUCCCUACAUUAUUAGGAAAAAACAAAGGGAUUGCGAGUUUGGAGUUGGAAAUAGAUUCCUUGAUAUGGAAAGCGGUGAAGGAAAGAGAUUCAUCUUCAUCAGAGAAGGACCUUUUGCAAUGCUUACUAGAAGCUGCCAUUAAUGAUGAAAGUAUGGAUGAGGAUUCAUCAAGAAAGUUCAUAGUUGAUAAUUGCAAGAACAUAUACUUUGCAGGGAAUGAGGCCACCGCAGUGGCUGCAUCUUGGUGCCUCAUGCUCUUAGCUCUUCACCCGGAAUGGCAAUCUCUCAUACGCCAAGAGAUUGACCAGCUAUGCCAAAGCAAUCCACUAGAUGCAGACUCAAUCUCGAAAAUGAAGGUGGUGGCAAUGGUGAUCCAAGAAGUUCUUCGUUUGUACCCACCAGGUGCAUUCGUGUCUCGAGAAGCCCUAGAGGAAAUAAAGAUAGGGCACAUUGUGGUGCCUAAAGGAGUGUGUUUGUGGUCAUUGAUCCCAACAUUGCAUCGGGACCCGAAGGUAUGGGGCCCCGAUGCAAAUAAGUUUAAGCCUGACCGGUUCGCUAAUGGGUUAUCUAGUGCAUGUAAAAUGCCUCAAGUGUAUCUCCCUUUCGGGUUAGGUCCUCGUCUUUGUGUAGGGCGCAACUUUGCCAUGUUUCAGCUCAAAGUUGUGAUAUGUGUUAUCAUCUCCAAGUUCUCAUUUUCGCUUUCCCCGAAAUAUAAACACUCCCCAACCUUUAGGAUGAUUGUAGAGCCCGGGGAGGGAGUGCAUAUUCUCAUUGAGAGGUUGAAAAGGGAUGGUUGAAAUUCUUUGCACUUGGUUUGCCCAAGAUGAGAUGUACCCAAUAAAAUAAAGUUGGGGUAAUUGAGUCCUAGUUUAGGGGUACUUGUUAUGUGAUUUUAUGUAUUUUCUAAUAAUCUUAUUAUAAUGAAGCGGUCUAGCUCACUGAUCACCGAGUUACUCUUCCAUAUGGGAAGUCUCGGGUUCGAAAUUUCAUGGAAACUGUUUCAACCCGAGGUAAAUAAUAAUAAUCUUAUUUUAAGAAUCUUUUAAUGCAU